GGUCGGUCUGGGCGAGGCCUGACGAGCUCGUCGAUCUUGUUUUUUCAUUUUUUAUAUUUUUUCUUUUCACAGAUCGACGAUCUUGAUGAGUGCAGCACGGCUGAUGGACGUUAUGUGGUAUCUUUAAAGGUUGUGACCGACAUUGUGUGGCCGGGGGUCCCGCACCAGGGCAUACUCGCACCAGCACUUGCCUGAAGAUGUGUGACUCCAGUGACCGCCACACCUGGACGAAUCUAACCGCAAUCAAGUCCAGAUCUCCCGUCUAGAAAGUUGCUAGUGUGAAUACGCCCUCAUCUGAGGAUUCUUGGCGCAAGGGGGGCAGCGUCGUCGUGACUUCUUUUCCGAGCCGGUCAGCGGACGAUUCCCUGGCCUGGCCCGGAAGAGAGAGAGAGAGGGGGGACGAAGAACGAUAGGUUGGAUCGAAAAGUUGUGCGUAAAUUGAAGCAGAUGAGCAGACGAGAGGGUGGAAGGAUUUGAGUUGGGGGCUGGAACGAAGGGCCGGGUGCCCGGUGCGAUCGACAGAGGGGGUGCGUUCGCAUGCAGCCACGUGGACAGCUGGCAGGAGGCUGCUACGCCACGCACGUAGACGGCGACCGCGAUUGGUUGAUUAUUGGACGAAGAGGGGAUGGCGAUGCUGACAUCAACGCCCCCGACGCUGGGUCGGGAACACGUGACAAUCAGUGCACUGAGCAGACCAUGCAAUUCACAUCCACGUCCUCGUGAUGCAUGCACUGGCGCCACGUGGCCAGAUGCGCUGGGUGCUCCGAGUGCCAGUGGCGCGCAUUGUCCAGAGGGGCUGGGUGCUCGUGGUGCUAACGGCGCCACGUUGCCAGAGGGCCUGCGUGGUCGUGGUGCCAGUGACGCCAGGAGGCCGGAGCCGCUGCUUAUGUUGAAUGCGUAUUCAGUGCGCUGUAGCUGUGUGCCGCUAUUAAGGUCGACGAGACAAUCCCUCUGGGGAAAGGGGACCAAUCAUGAGAGCCGGAAGGCGGGAAAGAGAGAAUCGCGGUUGGCGAUGGGAAGGGAAGGGAUCCGGACGGGCAGUGGAGAAGGGGUUUCGUGGCUUGGCAGCACGUGGGGAGGUGAAGGCGUCACGAAGACGGCACGUGGCGGCAACAGCAGGGUGAACGAGAGAUGGUUGGGAUCAUCUUGCGCUUGCUCUGCGCGGGAAGGGGGUUGGAACACGACAGAGAGGGGAGUGGGGGAGGGGGAGGAGGGGGAGGACGCCAGAGCCAUGACGGGCGCCAGCACCGUUGUCGGCACGAAGAGUAAUGCAGGAGCAAGAGGUGGCGCAGCCGAAGCCAACCGUUUGGGCCAUCCCCAAGCUGGGAAAUCCCAAAAUGUCACUCGCAUUGUAGAAGACCGGCGGCAUUAUAUGAACAACACUGAAGAUCCUGUCCACAGUCGCGGUGAUGAUAAUCAGCAUCACGACCACCCUCAUAGUCAUGAUGAUGGUAAUGUUAUUGCCGACCUUCGCCUUGAUGAUCACACACUCGCCAGCUCUAGUGCGGCGCACAGCGACCAUCAGCAUUCUCAUCAUCACCAUGAUGGGAGUGAAUGUGAGCAUCACCAUCACCAUGAUGGGAGUGAAUGUGAGCAUCACCAUCACCAUGAUGGGAGUGAAAGUGAGCAUCACCAUCACCAUGAUGAUGGCGAUCAUCAUGGUGACCACCACCACCACGAUCAUCAUCAUCACCACCAUCAUCAUCAUCAUCAUCUGUCGUACGAUGAUCUGAACCUGGUGCAAAAGGCCAUUUUUCGCGCGGCGAGGGUUACGCGUGUGGCGCUGAUCGCCGACGCGUUGCGCGAGAACCUGGCGAUGUCUGGUGUGUCAUUCGUGAUGCUGAUAUUGGCCAGCGCGGCUCCACGUGUCGUCCCUCCGUCGUCCCCCAUCGGUGGAACGAAGAUCUGCUCAGCGCUGAUUGCCCUUGCUUUCCCCCUGACAGGCAUUCCCGCGCUGCUAGACGGGUUAAUCGACAUAGCUGGCGGGCGCAUCAACAUCCACGUGUUGAUGACUUUGGCGGCAUUUGCGUCUGUCUUCAUGGGUAAUGCUCUCGAAGGAGCUUUGCUGCUCGCCAUGUUCGCGAUAUCUCAUUCGGCGGAGGACUACUUUACGCGGAAGGCGUUGGGCGACGUGAAUGCGUUGAAGGACCGGUCGCCGGACGUGGCGCUGGUCCUCGAGCCAUUCGAUAUGCAAGAACCUGCGCCGCUCUCCAACAUGAGGUAUCGGCCGGUGCCCGUGCGGGAAGUGCACGUGGGGGAUUUCCUACUGGUGAAGGCGGGAGAGGCCAUUCCUGUUGACGGAGUGGUUUGGGCGGGAAAGUCGUCAAUCAAUGUGGAACACCUGACGGGGGAGGCGUUGCCGGUGUCCAAGGGGCCGGGGGACAACGUACCCGGGGGCGCGAUGAACGCGGAAGGGAUGUUGAUAGUUAGGGUUGUGAAGGAGUGGGGGGACUCGACUGUGGAGCGGAUCGUCCGCCUGACGUCGGAGGCGCAGCGGAACAGGCCGCGCUUGCAACGCUGGCUGGACAUGUUCGGCGAAACUUACUCGCGCGCGGUGAUGGCGGCGGCGUUGUCGGUGGCCGUGCUUGGGCCGAUCCUCUUCAAGUGGCCAAUCAUGACAACGGCGGCGGGAACGCGCGGGUCUGUUUAUCGUGCGCUAGGACUGAUGGUGGCGGCGUCGCCGUGUGCGCUCGCCGUCGCGCCGCUCGCAUACAUAACGGCAAUCAGCGCUUGCGCCAACAAGGGGAUCUUGCUGAAAGGUGGGCAGUGUUUUGAUGCGUUGGCGGGUUGCGACACGGUGGCGUUCGACAAGACCGGAACCUUGACGACGGGCGAGCUCAUGUGUAAGAUCAUAGAGCCACUGGAGGGACACGUCGGCAGUCCUCAUCCCGAUCCCGAUGUAUCUCUUGCAACGGCGACAGCCAAUGACGGUUCCUCUACCCCGCGUGCGAAGGAGGGGGCCCUCGGCGUGCAGACUGGACAGGGGGAGGCGGUGGCGGAAGAAGGGGAAGAGGGAGAAGAGGGAGCAGAUCUGGCGGUGAGGAGCUCGUGCUGCGAUCCCGACUGCUUCAGCGAAGCGUUGGCCAUUGCGGCGGCGAUAGAACGAGGCGCUACUCAUCCCAUCGCGCGCGCGAUCGUCCAGCAUAGCGAGGGGCGCGCUCUCCCCGCGGUGGAGGUGGAAGACUUCGAAUUUCUGCCGGGGGAGGGAGUCUCCGCCCACAUCAGAACUUUCCGCGAGGUUUCCGCGGAAGUUCCGAAGAUCGAUGGCAGUGUGCAUCGGCGGGAGAACCUCCCGCCGCCGCCGCUGCAGCAGCCGUCCGCCGCUCAACAUAUAACAGCUGGUAGCGGAGGAAGGGAGGAGAAACCGGCGGCGUCGGCGGUGACUGCGCGGCUUGGUUCCCUGGAUUUCGUUGCGAAGUCGCCGCAGUUCUCUCCGGAGGAGGCGGAGCGUAUCCGCUCCGCCGCGAGCGCGCUGGCACGGGGCAGUGGCCAGCUUGUCGUCGCCGCUCUCGCUGUCGGGAAGAAGGUUACCCUCUUCCACUUCGAGGACAAGGUUCGUCCUCACGCUGCGCGGAUCGUCUCUGCGCUUCAAGGCUCUGCGGGGCUGCACGUGCGCAUGCUGACCGGCGACAGCCCCGCCAACGCGCGCAGACUCGCGCGUGCCGUCGGAAUCAAGGACGUGCUUGCGUCGCUUAAACCAGAAGACAAGCUCUGGCACGUGACGAGAUGGUCCUCCGCGUCCUCGCCGUAUCCCGACGCCCUACCCUCCUCCCUCUCCUCGUUGGUCUCGACCUGGCUCCCGUGGUGGGUGCUCGGUCCGACCUCUCUAGCCGACCAAUCAGGUCCAGAAGAACAAGAGCAUAUGCAAACAACGAUCUCCAAGGGCGCUGACAACGAAGGCCAGGAAGUAGGAAAGGGGAGGGGAGGAGGAGAGCUGUCCGGGAAGAGCUCAUCGCGCAACCGAGGAGUGAUAAUGGUGGGUGACGGAAUCAACGACGCCCCAGCUCUUGCUGCGGCUACCGUCGGAGUCGUUCUGGCUGAGAGAGCAAGCGCGACCGCCAUAGCCGCGGCCGAUGUGCUUCUCUUGCGUGAUGGAAUCGACAGCCUGCCGUUCCUUAUCGCCAAAGCGCGCCAAACCACUCUCAUUGUGAGGCAGAGUGUGGCAUUAGCCUUGGUUUGCAUCCUCGCUGCAGCCCUCCCUGCCGUCCUCGGUGUUCUACCACUGUGGUUAACCGUCCUCUUGCACGAAGGGGGCACGCUCGUCGUGUGCCUCAACUCCGUGCGGGCUUUCAGCGAACCUUCCUGGCCUUCUCCCGCUCGCCUGAAGAUGGCCAAGGCUAUUAGAUCCUUCUUUCUCCGCCUUGCCACUCUCCUCCGGCCGCUGUUUCCCUCGCUUCCAUCCUCCUCGUCGUGGGCUUCCACUUCCUCGCCAAUCUUGUAAACUGCUCAAUGCGCGUUGCCUUCUUUGCAACGCCCACCCAGAACGUCCUGUUUAAAUACAAUCCAUGAUCAGGAGGCGGCACAUUACUCUCCUCCUCCUCCUCCUCCCCCUUCCCCUCCUGUCCUUCCUCCUCCGCCUCCUCCUCCUCCUCCCCCUUCCCCUCCUGUCCUUCCUCCUCCGCCUCCUCCUCCUCCUCCUCCCCCUCCUCCCCCUCCUUCGAUUAUGUCCGCCUCGCCAGGUUCCUUUGCCCUCCGUUUCCUUACGCUUCCAUCCUCAUCAUCGUUGGGUUCGACUUCCGCCUCAGCCUCAUAAAUGGCUCGAUGCGCGAAAUGCCUUCUUUUUUUCGGGAAGAGCAGUGGAACGACUUGUCCAGACGCAAGUAUGACGAAGAGAGCACUCCUCCUCCUCGUCGUCCUCCAUUUCCUUUGUCUUGUUCUGCCUUUCCUCCUCGAGAUCGUUAUCUUGUGAUCGUAUGCUGUCGCUUGUCCCGCUCAUCGUCAAGCCGCGAAAGCACGGCUGCUUGUGCCUUGCGGACGGCAGCGUGGGGUGCAUUGUCAUGUUUACACAUCCUCUCUGCCCCUCUAUUUACCCCUCCAACUCCUCUGAUGUCAUUCGUUCUCCCUGGUCUCACAGUCGUUUCCGUAGCUUUUUCGCUUUUUCCUUUGUCCAACAGCCCUCUGCAGGCCGUCAACGGAGGGGAAUGCAGAACUCUUCUCUCUCUCUUCUUCCUCGUUCUGUUCUCUUUUACUGUCUUUCUUCUUCGUGAUGCUUCUGUGUUUGUCGUUGGCAGAGUCGUCCCUCCCUUCCUUCGGGUCGAUCAAGCCAUUGUGGUUGCGCACUCCCUCCGGAAUCCCUCCCCCUUCCUCAUCGGGGGGGGCGAGUAGGAGGCAAGUUCUGUCCACCUGUACGCAUUCUCCUCGAUACUUACGCUGGCGUGGUAUACGGGCCUCGCUCCACUACACAACACUGUAUGUAUCUGGAGUUAAUCAUCAUUUACACACGUUCAAAAUUUUGGACGACUCCGAGUGCACGUGGUGCAGAAAAUCGUCCACAUGCAUGUCGAAUGUCGAGUAGUGUGGAGCGAGGCCCUAUACGUGUCAAUGAAAGGGUGUGCAGGCAGAAGGAAGAGGAUGUCGAAUAGCAAUUCUGGAUGCUGACUGUAUGUGUGCAUAACUAGCUCCUCCCGUACGUUUGUAAAUAUAGAUGUUCUACUUAGUGAAAUAGGGAAAAGAGCCCGUCUGGGGCAUACUCUUCACACAAACUAGGACUUUUUUCCCAAAGCUCUGGACGUGAUUGCAGUCAGAUCCGUCCACAUCUGGCUGUAAUUGCGGUCAGAUGCAUAUUCGGAAGUGCGUGUGUGAGUACGCCCUUCCCUACGACAUCGAAAUGGAAGAUCGUUAUCAGAUGUUGAUUUACUGAUCAUCGAGAUAACUUCUAUCUCGUUGGCUCGUUGGGAUAGCUCAGGCUGUCGCAAGAGAUUGUGUUGCCUGAAGUUCACGUUGCUGAAGAUAACCUAAUCCCGUUCGCCUAGUUCAGGUUGCAGCCCGACUGAAUGCCCGCAGGGGGGGGAAGGAUGGUUGGGGGGUUCACAGUCUGGUAGCAUAGCAGAAGUUGUCAUGCGAUGAAAAAUUUGGUGAAGAUAACACAAUUCCAUUUGGAAUAGAUCAGUCUAAGACUGAAGUGAAGCCAGAGGAUCAGUCUAAGUCUCUAAGACUGAAUUGAAGCCAGAGGAGGGUGGAAGUGGGAGAGGGGUGGGGGAGGAGGAGGGGAAUAAGGGUACAACUGAUGUGGUUGGGUGUCUUUUCACCCAGCCCAGCAAGGGUGUGGUGUAAAAUCUGGGGGUGCAUGGAUGCA